CCAAACAGUCGCAAUUCACUUCCUCCUCGUCCCCCCUUUGUAACUUGCAAUUUGUCCCGCCUGCAACAUGUCCGGCCAGGAUCCAGGGAAGAAGCGCUUUGAGCCCAAGGUGCCCGUUCAGCUCGACCCUCCCAAGGACGAUCCGAUUUCCGUGGAAGAGCUGUCCAAGUGCGAUGGCACGGAUCCCAAUCGUCCAACUCUGGUGGCUAUCAAGGGAAUUGUCUUUGACGUAACCCGCAACGCCGCCUAUAGCCCGACUGGCCAGUAUCAUGUCUUUGCCGGAAAAGACCCUUCCCGGGCCCUGGCCUGUUCGUCCCUCAAGCCCGAGACCUGUGUCCCCGACUGGUAUGAUCUCGAGGACAAAGAGAAGACGGUGCUAGAGGAAUGGUUUACGUUCUUCAGCAAGAGAUACAACAUCGUGGGGAAGGUUCAGGAUGCUACGAAUUACUGACGUGAGGGAUGUCCUUCUGCGGGCGCGGUCCUGCACUCUGGGGAGAGAAAAGGUUCAAAUCAAACCAUGCCGGGAACUUAUUGUAAUUACAAGAAAACAUCAUGCGCCAUUACUUCUCUAUAACUUUUUGUCUCCACGUCCACCCUAGGCCUUGCCCUUCCGAGUCUUGCGUUGCAUCCUCUUCUUGGCGAUGAUUCGGUUGCGUUUGGCGACCUUGUUCUGCUCCUCCGGGUCACCGUCCUGGCCCUUGUCGUUACUCUCCGAUCGCUUUCUCUUCGUCCCAUUCGGGGGUCCUCGGUUGUUCUUCGAGUCAUCCCGACUCGGCCUGCCCGGUCGCCCCGGCUUUCCAGGCCGGCCGGGCUUGCCAUCGCCUUGCUGGUCUUCCUUCUUGCCGCUGCG